AUGCUGCGGGUUGUAUACUUGGAGAACCAAGGCAUGUACAGACUGGGUGGGUCAUUUGGGCUUGUGCAAAUUACAUCCAGCAUCAAGUUGGCGUUGACGCAAGAAAGCGCGGCGACGACGACGACUCUACUUGGCAGCCUCAAGCGCUAUUUCUUCUCCAUGUGUGCCAGCCUCGGCAACGUCUCCCACGCACUCGUCGCUGCCACGCUCCUUCCUUGCGUGGUGAUCCACACCGUGUUCUCGUGCGACAAUGUGUCCACAUCGUCGCAUGUAGCCGACGACGAAGCGACGCCGUCUCCUCCCGACACAUGCGACCUGCUACCACUCAAAGAGCUACCGUUGCCACCAUUUGCGACACCGCUGUCGCGGCCUUGCUUUGACCAAGUGGCCGCGUUGGGGGCUGGUCCAUUUGGCACAGUCAAGCUGGUGCGGCACAAGGUCAGCGGACAGCAGUUUGCGCUGAAAAUCAUCGACAAAGCGUCCAUCCCGACCAUCAAACUGGCCCGCCAAGUCGUUCGCGAGCGCGAUAUCGUCAUGUCCGUCCAGCAUCCGCUUGUGGCAACGUGCUUUGGGUCGUUCCAAGACGACCGACACGUAUACUUGGUGUCGGAAUACUUGCCCGGCGGCGACUUGUACCAACAUCUCUUCGACGGCGCCGCUCCCCGCGCGUUGGACGUCGCCGCCAUUCGGUUCUACGCUGCCAACAUGGUCAAAGCAGUGCAAGGACUCCACGAUCAGGGCAUCGUGUACCGCGACUUGAAAAUGGAAAACACGAUGGUGGACGCCACGGGGUACAUCAAGCUCAUCGACAUGGGAUUUGCCAAAGCCGUCGACAACAACGGCCGCACCUUGACCAUGUGCGGCACCCCCGAGUACAUGGCGCCGGAAAUCUUGUCUGGGCAGGGCUAUGGCAAGUCUGUCGACUAUUGGGCGUUGGGGGUCGUAUUGUACGAGAUGGCCAUGGAUGGCGACAGUUUGUUUUACCACGACAGCCACGCCCGGAUGAUGGCGCGCAUCAAGGCGGUCGCGACGGUCGGGCUCCCGACAGCCCCCGCCUUUGACUUGUUGGACCCGACGCUCCAGAGUUUCAUCAAGGGAUUGCUGGCGUUCGACCCAACCGGACGACUUGGCUGCACUGCCGCCGGCUUUUCGGCGAUUGAGGACCACCCGUUCUUCCACGGGUACAUCGACUGGGCGGCGCUCAUAGCCAAGGAAGUGCCGGCGCCGUUCGUUCCAGACGCACCUACCGACAGGUGGUGGCACGCGCUCGAUGAAUUUGACGACGAUGAUCCGAUUCAAAGCGACGACUUUGACCCCAAGAUUGCCCUGGUGUUUGAAGGUUUUUGAUGUGUGGUGGUAGUUGUUUAACUUGAGUUUUAUUUAUUUCUACUUGGUCG